CCAACAGUCCUCUGUACUCCUGACCCAAAUGCAUCUAACAGAGGUCCAACAAAGAAUACACCAAUCAUGACCAAAAUGCAACUCUCUCUAUUUAUUUAGUAUUUUCAAAAAGUGAACCUGAUAUUCUAUAUCACAUUCCUCAAUAGAGCAAGCAGAGUCAAACCCUCUGCCCUCCUAGUUAUUUGGAUAAAAAAAAAAAAAAAAUACAGGAACAGAAGAAGAAGAUGGGUAAACUCGGCUGCAACAUUGAUGGGAACCUGGAUGCUGCAAAGUUCAGUGAGCCACUGCCAUGGAUUGGCCUCUAUGUGGCUGCAGCAUCACUAGCCUGUCUCAUUGCAAUGGCUGUGGAUGGCAUCAAUGGAAUCCGCUAUCGAAAAUUCUGGUUCCCCUGCAGAUUCUUCUCUCUCAACGCUACUUCCCUGACCUUGAUAGCCACAGCAACCAAGCUGGCAGUGGAUCUAAAUACCCCGAUGCCUCGCCGCCAGGAUCAGCUUGCAAAACUUAGCAGUACCGUCUUCAUCUGUACAGUAAUGGGUAAUUCUAUGCCUUCUAUUGGAACCAUGGAGAAUAAAGAAAUGGCUAUGAACAUUAUUGCUUUGGGAAUACUUGUUAUUACUGUUAUUGUGAAUAUCUGCACCCAAUUAGGUACUGGGGUAAUCUAUGUUUUCUGGAAAGAACAUGCUUUCAUCAUGUUUAUCAUGCUUGUUUUGCUUCUAUUCUUGACUUUUUCUGCCUUAACUGUUCCAACUACCAAGCAGUAUUUAGAAUACAAGUAUAAUAAAAAACACGAAUUAGCUCUCAAAGAAAGCUCAAAAGAAACUGGUAAAACGGUUGUUGACAAACUUAGAGAGGAUCUUAUGAAAUAUUGGAUGAUGGCUCAUACCUGUAGCCCUCAAUUUGUGAUGGGGCGUUCAGUGACGUGCACCGCUUCUGGGGCAUUCUGUCUCCUGAGUGCUGCAACUUUAGCAGAAGCCAUAUUUAGAUCAUACUUCUUUCCCAGGUCAUUUAAAUUUUGCAGCGGAGAGUCUGACUAUAAGUGGUCAACCACUAUAGUUCUUGUUAUACAGACUAUUGCAGUAGGAGUCGGUACUCUUGGCCCAGCGUGUCGAUGGUUCACAGCCAUCAAUUUCAGUUGCCCAAAAAGAGGAAAUACAAGCCACACAAAACAUUUUAAAGUAGAGCACUACUGGAUCCAGAGGCUUGUAGAGAUGAAAGAAUGCCCAUUAACUUUACAAAUCCGUAAUCGGCACUUCAGGAAACUUGCCCAUGAUGCAAAAAUUCAAUUCUUACACUUGUGCAUCCGAGUGCAAACUGGGAUUGUGAUAACAAGCAAAGUGAUUCACCUCAUUUCCGUUUUCAUUGUAAGCCAGAUCUUUCUUUGCUGCAAUUGCUGUGAAGAGUUGAAGAAGAAGUUCAAACUCAAGAACAGUGUUUCAUAUACUGAAUCGACUUUGGAAUCACAGCUUUCCUCAAAGCUGGAUCUUAGCCGUUUUGUUUUGCAUCUUGAAGGUGAGGAUGUUAUGGUUGGGUUGAUGAUGAAAUGUAAAUGUGACCCCACUGACCAUUGGAUACGGAUGGGACGGAAAAAAGAGCCUAAAUACCUCAUAAACCUGUUGGAGACAUCAACAUUUUCACAAGGAUUCAAGGGAGUGGGCGAGUGUGACAGUAACCAAGUUCCUUCUCUAGAUUCUGAGGAGCCACCAAAUUGUUGGGUGCUUCCUGUGGUGACACUGACAAGUAUUGCUGUAGCAAUUCCAAAUGUCAGCCCUAAAUCGAUUAAACAGUUGAUAUGUGGUGUGAAUCAAGGCCUGGAGUAUGUAAGACUUAUAGAAGAAUACCUAGAUGGAAGAGAUUUGUCCAACAUCAGGAAGACAGCAGAGGUGGUCUGGUUAGGUGUUGAACUCUAUCACAAGUGGUUGGAUGUGGACCUCCAUAAACUGUCCCUUCAAGGAAAAAGCCCAAAGGAAAUACUUCUAGAACUUGCCGAUACUGCAAAGAACAGGUCUGUGGAGUUUCACAAGAAACAAAUGAAUCAAUGUUUAAAGCAAAGUCCUUCAAAGUGGCCAAUCAAAGUCUUGGCUGCCAAUUCCAUGUAUAGAAUAAGUCAAACCAUUCUGCUGAAUUGUGAAAGCAUAAAUGACCAGAUGGGUGAGAAGUUAUUUGCAGCAGUGGUUGCCAUGAUCUCUGAUAUACUGGGAGCUUGCCUCACUAACUUACAAGAUCUUAUACCCAUUAAGUGUUUGAGCAGCACCAUUGAAGAGAGGCAGAGAGGUGUGAGGCAUGCAGUUUACAUUCUUGGUAAAACUGAAAAAAUUAUGAAAAUUCUAGAACAGAGAGAACCUCCCAGUUUAGAGCCUCAUCAAAUGGCAUACAUUGAUGAGUGGCGUUCAUUAUACAUGCAGAAGAAGCCCUCGCCCUUCUUUCCCUCUUCAUUGGAGAGUGAGAAAGCUCCUAACAAUUCAAGUGACUUGCUCCUAUCCAUUGGUUAGAAUGACAAGCCUGGAGUCAAAAACAGAGACAGAUUAUAAUUUUCAUGUUCAUGCAGAAAAUUGUCUUUUCCUACCCACAUGAUGAUUACGCAAACGCUUCCAACUACUCCCAUUAUGUAAUAAAGUUUUGUUGUAAAAGUGGAAACUUCAUUGUAUAUAUUUUAUGUUGUUCUUGUU